AUGGUUGAAGACAACGGUGUGGAACCGUUGAAAAUGGUUAUUGAAACUAGUUCAAAUUCUCAUAUUGAACGAAAUAUAUUAAAUGUUGUACAUAAACAUUUUUUGGAUCAACGACCGAUAACAUGGCGUCCAAUUAAAGUUGAAUUAAUUGUUAAUACAGAAUUGAACAAUGAUUUUCUUGGUCACAGCAAAUGUGGUGUUUACGUAUGCAAAUAUGCUGAUGUUUGUAUAAGGCAAGCAAGUGUAAGACGAACAUGGGAAGGAAGUAUUACAAUCAAAAUGAUUGUAUUUAAAAUCAUUGAAGGAAAACAAACAGCAGCAUUAGUAAGAAAAGGACCAAAACUUCAACCAAUAGCACCAACACCACAAUUUACAAGUCAUUGUUCGGUUAUAACACCAAAGGAUACAGAUGAUCUUGAAAAACAGUUUGAUCAGUCACAAAUAUAUCUAUAUGAACUCGAUGGAAAAGACACAGUGAAGCGCCCACACCAUGUGUUACCUUAUGCAAUUGUUAGUCUCGUACAGGAUGGAACCCAAUGGCCAACCAGUUUUGACAGUUCAGAUUUUGAACCAGAAAUAUUGGAAACAGAUACGUUGCGUGUUAUUGCACAAACAGAUGAUCAAAUGAUCAAAUCGAAAAUGAAUGAUAACUUGAAGUUGGCAGAAGCAGCUAUGCGAGCACUUGAGCAAACGUACGAUGAUGUUGAUGUUAAACCAAUACAAUCGGAAUCAACAUCUGGUACAUAUUCUUCAAAUGCUUUGAUAACAACAAAUAACAAUAAUGGUUUGCUGGUGCCGAUGUCAAACGGUAGUUUGUCACCUACAUCUACUCCAUCGAAUACUACAUUAGCAAGUGCGCUUACAUCAGCGAACAGUACAAUUCCUCCGACAACUCUGAUCACAACAAAUGGCUUAUCUGCAACAACAUUGUCGACAACACAAUUGAGCAACAACUCUACGACAACUAGUAAUAUAACAAAAAUCCCAUCAUCUGUAGCGACGUUGCCAACAAUAGCACUCCCAGCCGCAUCGGCAUCUGCAUAUCAUCGACAAACAAGUCUGUUAGGGGCGUUACCCACCGCUGCUCAGCCAGCGUUGUACGCAGCAAACCUUAACACUACCGGAUUAAGUAAUCAAAUUAUGUAUGGUGGUGUACCAUUAGAAGCAUUACGUUAUCAGACGAAUCCGUAUGCAUUUGCAACUCAUGCGGGUCAAGCAGGUCAACAACCUACUCUUUAUGCACAAUUACCAGCGGGUAAUCAAACUGCAUCGCAAUUAUCUCAGAUGACGACAGGAGUAUCCCAACCAGGUGUGUCUGGUAUUCCACCCGGUUAUAUGCUCGUACGAACGGCAAAUGGAGGGUUAGCCUUACUUGGUUCGCAACAAGUACAGCGACAACAACCACAAACGGCUCUUGGAACACAAACUCGAUUACCUCUGACACUCAAUGGUGGUGGAUUGCAAUAUGGGCAACAACAAGUUGUUUAUCAAUAUGCAGCACAACCGACUAUUCAAGCGCCGCCAACGCAAUAUAUUCAGUUACCCGCACAGUAUGCUCAUCAACAACGACUUGAAACAAGCCCUGUUAAUACGGUUGCAGCAUCUCAAUCGACACAACAACAACAGCAACAUGGUAGAGUAACAACCACUCCACAGUAUACAGCAACAUCACAAGCUCAGUAUGUCAGUGUUUCUUCACAACCUACGCUGGGACAAUCAUCGGCUUCCGCAUCUGGUUCAUCUGCAUUAAAUUCGCAAGUGCAGAGUCAACAGCAGUCUCCUCAACAAAAACAAACAUCUUCGAAUACAGCGCUGCAACAGCAGCAAUUAUUGACGUAUGCCGUUCAAGCUCAACAGCAACAACCACAACAACAAAUUAGUUUUCUCACACCAGCACAACUUCAGGCAUACGCAAAUCAAUCAGCCUAUCAACAAUCACUACAAUCGAGCGCAUCUCUUGGUUCACAACAAAUGUAUUAUGCUGGUACAUCUUCAGCAAAUGCAAUUUAUCAAGCAGGCGGUCAAAAUUAUGUGAUAGCCCAAGCACCCUCAUCAGCUACGAACGGUACAACCGCAAUGUACGGAUAUGCAACAGUUGGCGCACAAUAUCAACCAACUUCGGCAACGGGAAAUGGAGGUUUGACAGCUGUACAAGCAUCAGCUGCUUUACAAAAUAAUGCUGCAUCUUAUGCUGCUCUAUCGAUGAAUGGUUUUAAUACCGCUACUCAACAACAAGCAACACAACAACCACAAUAUGCAUAUCAAAUUAGUCCUUAUGGAACUGCUGGAAAUCAAACAUAUCAGGUUGUAGAUUAUCCGGGCUAUCGAAUGACAGCGCCACAACCAACAGUAGCAGCUGCGUAUCAAAAUGGUAUUGUAGCACAACAACAACCACAACUAGUUCAACGGACAAAUGUUUUACCACAAAAAUUAUUAUAUAAUGAACUUAAACAACGUAAACAGUUGCAUCUUCAUCCAGAAAUAAAAGAGAAUGCCGAUUAUACUGUAGUACAAUCAACAUCAGAUGGUUAUGUGCAAGAAUCAAUAAAAUCAAAACAAGAUCUUAAAGAUUUUCAACAAUUUCAAGGAAAAACAUAUGUUUCAACAGCAAGUGAUAGAGCAAAACAAAAUCCAAUUAUACCAAUUGGAAUGUUAGCUACUGUAGCAGCUUUGGUAUUAGGUUUACGUGCAAUGAAACGUGGUGAUAAAAUGCAAUCUCAAUAUUAUAUGCGAGCGCGUAUUGGUGCCCAAGGAGUUACCAUACUUACUGUUAUUGCAUCGAUCAUGUACGCCGGAUAUCAACAAAAUGAUACAGCAGCCAUUGCUUCACCACCAAAGAAAAAUCUUUAA